AUGAUAGAAGUGAUUGCCAACGACAGGAUGGGCAGAAAAGUCCGCGUCAAAUGCCUGCCCACCGACACAGUUGGCGACUUGAAGAAGCUCAUCGCGGCGCAGACUGGUACGACAGCGCAAAAGAUUCAGCUGAAGAAAUGGCAAGUGCAUCCAGCGCGAUGGAGACUAACGCGUCGCAGGUACACAUCAUUCAAGGAUCACGUCUCGCUGAGAGACUACGAAAUCAACGACGGAAUGGUGAGACGCCUGGAAACCCCGCUCGAGCUCUACUGA